CGGGCGCUUUAUCGCGGUGAGUUUGAAACUGCUGGCACUCGGCCUCUGAGCUCCGGGAGUCGCUGUGUCCGCGCCGUCCGGAACUGCGGUGUGACGGCCGCGGGAACAAGAGAGGGUCUGUCAUAACCUGUUGGGUAACUAUGGAAGACUAUAUCAAAAUAGAGAAAAUUGGAGAAGGUACUUAUGGUGUGGUGUAUAAGGGUAGACACAGGACUACUGGCCAGAUAGUGGCCAUGAAGAAAAUCAGACUUGAAAGUGAGGAAGAAGGAGUGCCCAGUACUGCAAUCCGGGAAAUCUCUCUAUUAAAAGAACUUCGCCAUCCAAAUAUAGUCAGUCUUCAGGAUGUGCUCAUGCAGGAUUCCAGAUUGUAUCUAAUUUUUGAAUUCCUGUCCAUGGAUCUCAAGAAGUAUUUGGAUUCUAUCCCUCCUGGUCAAUUCAUGGAUUCUUCACUCGUUAAGAGUUACCUAUAUCAAAUCCUCCAGGGGAUUGUGUUUUGUCACUCCCGAAGAGUUCUUCAUAGAGACUUGAAACCUCAAAAUUUAUUGAUCGAUGACAAAGGAACAAUCAAACUGGCUGAUUUUGGCCUUGCCAGAGCUUUUGGGAUACCGAUUAGAGUGUAUACGCACGAGGUAGUGACCCUGUGGUACCGAUCUCCAGAAGUGUUGCUGGGAUCAGCUCGUUACUCCACCCCUGUUGACAUCUGGAGUAUAGGCACCAUAUUUGCAGAACUGGCAACCAAGAAGCCGCUUUUCCAUGGUGAUUCAGAGAUUGACCAGCUCUUCAGGAUUUUCAGAGCUCUGGGGACACCUAACAACGAAGUGUGGCCAGAAGUAGAGUCUCUGCAGGACUACAAGAACACGUUUCCCAAGUGGAAGCCGGGGAGUCUUGCAUCCCAUGUCAAGAACCUGGAUGAAAACGGCCUGGAUUUGCUCUCAAAAAUGCUAGUCUAUGAUCCUGCCAAACGAAUCUCUGGCAAAAUGGCCCUGAAGCACCCGUACUUUGAUGACUUGGACAAUCAGAUUAAGAAGAUGUAGCUUUCUGUGGAGUCCCUGCUUGCUGUGGCAGGGCCAGAUAGUAGCAUUUCCUGUUGGCUUUCUUCCUGUCUUGUAUAUUUUUCUGUGAAGUCCCUGCUUGCUGUGGCAGGGCCAGAUAGUGACAUUUCCUGUUGGCUCUCUUCCUGUCUUGUAUAUUUUUCUUAUGUUCGUUUGUAAACCAUCACCUGGACUUUUCUUAAUUUCAUACAUAUAACUUAAUUACCAUGUAAAUAUUAUUCCAUAUGAA